GAGGAGCUCGUGCUGCGUGUGCAGGGUUUUCUUGUUGAGUCUACUCUGCCUCCUAUUAGGCGUAACCAUUGCGUCAGACUCCCCUCAAACCCGAACCGGCUCAUCGAUCUCAGGCAAACUGUAACCGUGAGCGGCCUGGGCGUGGAGCCCUUUGACGGUGCAGUCAGUGCAGUCAUGACCAUCUAUCAGCAUUUUUGUGCGCACCUUGUCGGACACAAUUUGCGCACCUGGAGCACGUCGCGUCUGGAGAACCACCUUACGCUUUCCUUCGGGAAUCGGUACCUCACUGCUUCGAAGUUUGCUGAAGGCGAACCACGGGGUGAUCUCAGUGAUGUUGUGGACCCUUUCUAUAUCCUGCAGCCCCGUCUCACCACUCAAGUCCAUCUGCAAGAGAAUGUGGUCGAGUACUGGGAGAAAACGGUGACGGAGAACCAGGGCAGUUCCUUCCGCCGCAUCAAGCCGGAUGUAAUCUUCCCCGGCACCAUGGUUGAACUCCAGAUUGCCUUUGCGGCUGUCAAGGUUGGGUGUCACGAAUAUAUAUUCCUGCCAAAGCUGCGGGCAAUCUGUGACUACAAUUCGUCAGCCAUCAAAGAGCUGAGCCUACGUGCUGUCUCGCCUCUCAAAAAGGUCAAGCGCAAGGUGGGGUAUGGAGAGCAGGAAGAGACAGGGAUGGAGGAGUCACGUCGGCAGCUGAAGAGAAUGUCCUUGCAUGACAGCAGUCCUAGUCAUGUUGAUGAGUCUACGUGCACAUAA